AGACUUAACUGUGGACUUUGCGAAAGGGAGUUCACACAAACGGAGAAGCGCCCAUAUACACACGCUCAGAACGCAUCUGCGCUGAGUUCGGGAUUUUACAGGAUUCUUUUGACAAGGGAUGCCUUUUCAUUCACUCAGAAAGUACUUUAACCAGAUUCGCAACAUGUUGGAUUGUUGUCAUUGAUGCGCUAACUAAUCAACAUUACAAGUUUGACAAUAAAUAUCCAAGUGAAUCUCGAGGAAAGGGAUCAGUCUGUGUGAAUCUACGCGCGGACCCGACGUUAUACCGGAGAAGAUAACGAUGUCUGGAUCUUACUGCAAAAGUUUAUACUCCUUCAGCGGGGACCAACAUCAGCAGGGUUUGACUUUUGAAGUUGGAGAAAUCAUAAAGAUAGUUCAGCCGUUGCCUGGCGGCUGGUGGGAAGGAGAGCUGGAUGGAGUCAAGGGAUGGUUCCCAGCAAGUUAUGUUCAGGUCUUAGAGAAAACUGCAUCUAUGACCUCACUGCCUGUUGAGGACCUCGGAGAGCCUCUUCCUCAACACUGGAAGUGCUACAUGUCACCACAAGGCCGGCACUACUAUGUCAACACAGCCAGCAAUGAGACAACGUGGGAGAGACCUUCCAGUGUACCUGGGACCCCCAAAACCCCUUUGAAACACAAGAACUCACUACCUACAGUGAACGGGUUUCACUCCAGUGGCGGUACGUUGCAUCAGAAUGAACACUCCCACAUCGGUCUGGUCAAAAAGCCCAGUUCCGAACCACAGAAUCCGGGUCCUGCAUCACCCACCAGGAGACAGAGCAAAGAGACUACCAUCACAAUUAACUGUGUAACGUUCCCCCUCCCUAUGAGUAUGCCUGAGCAGCAGCUGCUGAAGCCAGAUGAGUGGAGCUACUGUGACUACUUCUGGGAGGAUAAGAAGGACCCUCAGGGGACCAGCUCUAUCUCAGGGUUUGAGGUCUUGCUGCAGAAACAACUGAAGGGGAAACAGAUGCAGAAAGAGAUGGCCGAGUUUAUACGAGAAAGAAUAAAGAUAGAAGAAGAAUAUGCCAAGAACCUCUCCAAGCUGUCACAAAUUCCCCUCGCAGGACAGGAGGAAGGUACUCUAGGGGAAGCCUGGGCGCAGCUGAAGAAGAGUUUGGCUGAAGAGGCUGAGGUUCACCUCAAGUUCUCCUCUAAGCUCCAGAGUGAGGUGGAGAAGCCUCUGUUGACUUUCAGAGAUAACUUUAAGAAGGACAUGAAGCGGUUCGACCAUCACAUCGCAGAACUACGGAAACAUCUGGUCGGACGGCACACAGCCGUGGAGAAGGCCCGUAAGGCUCUAGCGGACAGACAGAAGGACCUGGAGGUGAAAACCCAGCAGAUGGAGAUCAAACUAAGCAACAAGAUCGAGGAGGACAUCAAGAAGGCCCGGCGGAAGUCCACACAAGCAGGAGAUGACCUGAUGCGCUGUGUCGACCUUUACAACCAGUCCCAGUCCAAAUGGUUUGAGGAGAUGGUGACCACAAGCCUGGAGUUGGAGAGGCUGGAGGUAGAGAGGGUGGAGAUGAUACGACAGCAUCUGUGUCAGUACACCACCCUGCGGCACGAGACAGACAUGUUUAACCAGAGUACGAUGGAGCCGGUGGAUCAGCUGUUACAGAGUGUGGACCCAGCUAAAGACCGAGAGCUCUGGGUCCAGGAGCAUAAGACAGGAGACAUCAGGCCUGUGGACAUUGAGAUAUAACACACCCGGGGGUCACACACACACAUGUGGAGCCACAAGACAAAAUCUUUACUAGGGAUUCAAGACCUUAGCCCCCUUACUAAAGUCAACUUUGAGAUAUUAUGGACAUCUCUUUUACUUUCCCUUUCUGCUGAGAGAGAGAGAGAGAGAUUCUGAAAGUGAAUGAUAGCAGUGUACCACCAGACAGUGUUCAUUAUGCCCUAGAGGACUACUAUAGGGAAGACAGGUGUGUUUAUGGGCCAAACUCAGGUGAGGGGACUGUAUUACCAACAUAAACAAACGGCAUGGCUAUUUUGACCUGUACAUAAUCUAUGGUCUACAGUACGUGACUGUGUGAGCUUUAUCCACUUCCUUAAAAUAACCCCAAACAAAUUCUGUAAAUUGUUGGACAAAUGAAAUACUGAUGCAAAGGUUAAUUAUGAAAUUUAACAGCUACUGCUGCUUUUAUGUAAUAACCGUACAUCAAAUGCAUUCCAAUUUAUAGAUUAUAUUUUAUCUGCGCCACUAAAUGUAAACUAUAAAGUGAGGUGAACAAAAGGUUUUUAAGGUGAAUAUUGAUUCUGCAGACCUAUAUCAAAUGGGUCGUUUGGAAGAGAGAUUGACACAUUUAACAGAUCUACAAUGUUUUGUGAUGUUUUUCUUACUGUUGAAUUGAUCAACAUUUGAAUUAUAGUCUAUAAGGGGGGGCAGUACAACUGGGAUGCUGUUACAAGGGAAUGUGCUUUAGCUUUUGUAAAUACAAGAUGAAUAUACUGUAUGUAAGAUAAUGGGGUGUAGAAGUUAAACAUCUAGAGAAUGAAGGAUGUAAAAUAGUGUGAAAUAGUGAAAUCCGCAGCAAAACAGAUGAUAUAUAUAUACAUUACACAGGAGUGAUGGUACAGAUAAUAUAUUAAACUGAUAUUACACAAUGAUUAUUUUUAUACUAAAUGAAACGACUACAACGUCGUUUCAGAGACAUGCUAACUGGAUAUAGAUCCUCAACUGAAGUUGAAAUGAUUACAGUAUAUCAUGAUCCUGUUUCUCUCCUGUAAGUAUUACGUACAUGUUACUACUGUUCCAUGCAGACGCAUACAUGUUGUACAGACUUUUCCAUUAUUGUUUGUUUGGUGCAACAAGAACCUUGAACGUUCCAAGGAUUCUGCAUAUGGACAUAACUGCUGAAUGUUUGGCAUUAAUGUUUUUGCAUUGAUAUGAUAAAUAUAUAGAUAUACAUUUUAUGUUACAUCUAUCUCUGGUAGUUCCUUUCUGCUGUUUUUAUUUUACAAUAUAACCAGAUGAUUUUUUUUUUGUAGGUGUUUGUGUUUCUGGCAAAUUAUUUUGAGGGUACAAGAAGACAUUUAAGGAAUGAAAAAAGGUUUUAUUUCGUAACACAUUUUCACAUUCAACAAUAAAAUGCUUUGGACAAGUAA